AUGGAAUUGGUAUGGAAUCAUCAAAGUAUGACUCAUCUCAAUAAUAAGGUGAGGAAGGAAAAUUCUGAAAAGAUCAACUACAACUUAGAACGCAUACCUGUCAGUGAUGUUGAGCUCGAGCCAUGGUAUCCACGUGCUAUACCCAGCAUCGUAGGUGGCGCCACCAAUGAUCGAAAAGGUUGUGCAGAAAUAUCUACAAUAAACUGCAGAAACCGAAGAGGACGCACAUCAUGCGUGCAACCUAAUAUUAGGUACUCUGGUGGAGAGUACUACACGGCCGCUGUGACAUGCACUGCAAAAGGAUACACUGUCCUCAUAGAUUAUCAGUCUCGGAUGAAGAUUCAAAUAUGGCAAUGUGACGAUCGAUUGGACAUUGCAGCUGAUGAAGAAAAUCCCAUUGUGCGUUUUGGUGAUAGCACACUGGUUUCUCGCCCUCUUGGCUGCGACACCUUCAACGACGUCAUUCAGUGCAACAUUUGA